CAUCCCCUGAUUGUGACGUCACCGUGUUUGUUUUAUUCUAUCUGAGCUACAACCAAGUGCAGAGAUCGAGCGACCGAGCAGCUAAUCUGUUAUAUUUCAGUUCAGUUCCCACGAUCGAUUCAUUUCUUGUUUGAUAUCGACAGUUUGAGUGAUAGUGUGAUCAAAGAGAAAGAGAAUCAUCGAGCAGUUUAUACAGAGAAAGAGCACGAAUUACAGAUACAACAAUCAAGUGUUUUAUAAUUUCAACAUGUCUUCAGUGGAAAGAAGUAUGGAUACAACUUUGCCCGGUACGGUCAUGGAAGACUUCACCGUGGAUAAACAAGUACCCGUCAACACGACACUGUCCAAGGGGACUAACUUUGCAAUUGAGCAACAUGCCAAAGAAAAAAAUAGCAAAGGAAAGGGCGGCUUCAUAAAGAGAGCAUGGAAGGCUGUGAAGCGUCCCUUCCGCCGCAGCAGUCAUGAGACCAAUGUGGAGGCUAUGGUGCCGGACCCGGCCAUCCCGUGUACUUCUGACGGAGAAGAGAUCCGCGUUCAACAGUCUUCUGUCAGCGGUCCCUGCAAGGUACCUACCACAGCUUUGCCCCCUAAAGAGGACAGAUGUGAUGAUCUGGAUGUAGUGAGCAUUACCAGCAGCGACUGGUCUGUUAUCUGCAACAACAUCCAGCAGAACUCUGAGCCGCCAGCUGAUGCCUCAGCAGAGGAUGUGGGAACCGAGCCACAAGAACAACAUGUCAAAGAUGAGAAGAAAGAUCACAUUGACUUCUCGUUGAGACCAGCGAUUUUCGUAGAUGCCCAACGAUGGAAACUGGCAAAGCUGAGGAUUGCCAGAAAUGUUUGUCGCAGCCGCUGGGAAUACUACAUGUUCAUCCGCCGCUGUCCACACCACAAAUGCUGCCACCACGCUCACCUCUGCUGUUUAAGAAACGAUACAAUUUUUUUGGGUGUCAGAGAGCAGCUCAUGUCUACAGUGCCUUCAGUCACUCGCCCCUUCUUGAUCUUCCCAAAACAAUAUCGCAAUGAACAGUUUAGGGUACGCAACCCAGAAGAAGAUGAUGACAUAAAGGAAGAAGGAAUCUUCAAGAGAAAAUGGAAGGCUGUAAAGCGUCGCCUUUUUCGUUGGGAGAGCAGAAGGACGCUUUUGCAGAAGGACAUGCAAAAGCAUGUUUUCGACUUUCAGGAAUCAACUUACAUUGAACAGAUCAUUUAUGAGCGGCCUUAUCUCAGUGUUCCCCCAAUGUUUCAGCCUUCUAAAGAAUCGUUUGACUCUAGCUACUCAGAUGAGAAUGUUAUUCUGGGGAGAGAACGCUUCGGACAGGUUUGCUUGGCAACCCGUCUAUCCGAUGGCCAAAAGGUUGCUUACAAGGAAUGUAAUAGAUAUUAUUACUGCACUUCUACUUAUAUCAUGGCUGGCUAUACUGAACGUUUGAUGAACGAAGUGGCAAUUAUGCCUCUGCUAAAACAACCUCCCAUAAGCCCCUACAUCAUUCAGAUGUUAGAGUGGUUUCAUGAAGAAUUUCAUACGUUUAUAAUUUUGGAGGACCCUGGUUCCUGGACGGUAUUGGACAAAAUAAUGAAACUUCAUGCGUUGGAUGAAAAGGUAGCACGGGUCAUUAUGCGUCAGGCAGUACAAGCAGCACAACACUGUAUUGCCCACGGAGUCUUUCACUACUACAUCGAUGAAGAAAACAUCCUGAUCAACACGAGCACUUUGGACAUCAAGCUGAUUGACUUCGGCUAUUCCAUGCCAUACACGGGCAAAAUAUACUAUCGACUUGGAGAUACACUAGAGGACGAGGAGAAACACCCUGAGUGGUAUGUGCCUGGGUAUGAUUACAGUGCCAGCUCGGUAAACGCCUGUCAACUAGGGGCGCUCCUUAGUCGCAUGGUUUACGGACCUCGUGGCCAUCCGCUUCAUAUCUCUUUUCAAAUCUCCAACGAAUGCAUGAGGCUUAUAGAUUGGUGUAGUCGCUAUGAAAUGACUGAACGGCCCACACUGGAUCAGAUCUUACAGCACCGCUGGUUUACCAAAGAAUGAAGGAGGGGUUUGUAUGAAAGCAGCCUAUACGAUAAUACAGUUUUGUUUUCUUGUCUCAUCCUCGGGUUCCCGUGGACACCUCAGACCCAUACCACGCAUUUCUAGUCAUAUUUAUGUAUUGUAACUGGUUAAAAUCUUCAGACGGUCUUUUUAUUUUGUUGGUACCACUAGUAUUCAUAACAUGAAAAUGUUGAUGUACACUGUGUGCAUAAUUAUUAGUCAGAUUUUCUGAUCAUGUUUUUUUCCAGGCACAUUUCAAUAGUUCCUAACCAGAUCAAUCUUAAUAAUAUUACUAUUAAUUGUGAUUAUAAUCUUGAAUAAGUGAUAUAUAAUGGUUAACAAAGGCUUGAAGGUAAAAAC